AUGAGUCCUCAUGUCUUCUCCUGCGUUCUUUGCGGAUACGUAAUGUAUGACCUUGCAAACCUAAACCUUAUAUCUUGGUUGAAACAGAUUCGUAUUCUCUACUCUAGCCGAAACGGGAUUGCGGUCACAGGAGUUGGUCUUUACACUGGCACCUUCGACAAUUGGAUAGCCCCGUUGGACUUCACCGCGCGUUGGGAUGACGCGGGAUACAACUUCCCAACUCGUGACCAGAUUGGAAUGAUUCAACAGCAUCCGGUUACCGGCCGAUACGGCUUUCCCUUCCAUGAAGCUUGCUGGUCACUUCUGGAGAAGGCCUAUUCCCCCGAGCCUAUCCCCUGCAAAGCUCUCUUUGAAAUUUGCCGGUCGCUACCAUCUCCAUCGAAAGGGACUGGCCUCAGCUGGGGCCACGAUUCCGGGGGGUUAAUUCUCGUGGAUAACCAGGACCGCUAUCCUUGGGAGGACCGCUUCGUAGAUACGGAGCGUAGGGGCGGUGACUGCGCUCCAGGCCUGGCCCCAAGGAGCGAUCCUUAUCAUGUCCCAGAGAUUCUGCAAGUCCUAUUUAGGGCUAACGCAGACCGUUCUUGGCUUUUAGAGUCACAUGACUGGGCUAAGGAACAGGACUGGAGAUGGCUGUAUCGUCGCACAAAUAAGGCUCACCGCACUCGAGGGACACAAAAUCGGGAAAGAGUCUGGAAAUUAAUCCAACACGUCCGGGGAACACUACGGUUGCGAUGGUCCGAAUCGGCUGUACUCCCUUCUCCUAUUCCUAAUCCAGCCAGUUUAAUGUGGUUUGAGGCAACUGGGGACUUGCGGCCCCAGGGACGCACCGGGCUAUAUCACAGCUUCAACGAAGGCUGUCGUCUGUUCCGCGAGCAACAAACAUCUAUUCCCAGUUUACUUUAUCAGAUUGCGUUCUCUAUCAUUCCGCUUGGAGAUGCAGAAUACAUCGCCGGAAUGAGGCUUAUUCCCAGCCAAGGAGAAGAUAUACAGUUGGGAUACAGGACAGAAGGGAGAGAACUCUUUCUGAAUAUUACAUUCCUAGGAGGGUUCAACUUGGCCGUGGGAUCAAGAGGCAUACAAGGUAUCCAAUGCAUUGCCGACGAUAAACAAUCAGCAUGGUUUGGAUGUCCGCAUGAGGCCCCAAGAACGAGGCGUCUCGCGGCUCGUAACCGUAUAACAGCUAUCAAAGCUGGGUUCGACGGAUGUAAGAUGGUUAGCUUAGCGAUUGUAGAAUCCGUCCCACUUACUGUCGAGAAGGCAAUCGAAGACAAACCAUUGCGAGAUUCCGCAUUUUGGUAUCCUCAAAUUCCCGGGAUUGGUUUGUACUUAAACGAUGGUUAUUUCGUAGCACGAGACUCUUCGACGACCAGGUAUCAGCCGCUGUGCCGGACGAUGUUUGGAGGACCGGGAGGCAUAUAUCUCAGCUACUUGACCGGGAUUUCUGUCACCUACUGGGGCGAGUUAUGUGGCAUCGAAUUCCAUUAUAACACUGAGAACGUCCCAAUCGAAUGCCGCAAGCUGGGGCGGUAUAAAUCUUCCGAAUAUGACAAGGUCAUACACUUUUCCAUUGACGGUCCUGGCGGAGAAGUCAUCGAUGCCACCGAGGUAUAUCUCAAGUAUUACCCUAGCGAAAAAGUGCUUUGGUUCUACAAACACGGGACUUGGGAAUCAUUCAAGGCAAGUCAUUCGUAUCUCAAAAAUGAUUUUGACACACCAAGAUCGCUUCAAAUGACACACAGUUUUGGAUUAACUUAG